AUGAAUUCUAUGCCAAAGAGUGAGAAGGAGUGGCGUGCUAUUUUGAGUCCCGAGCAGUUUCGUAUCUUACGUCAAAAAGGAACCGAGCGUGCCGGUACCGGUGAAUACAAUAAGCACUACGAAUCAGGUCUCUAUCAUUGCGCCGGUUGUGCUGCGCCUUUGUACAAAAGUACAACUAAAUUUGACAGUGGCUGUGGCUGGCCUGCCUUCUUCGAUGCGGUGCCAGGUGCAAUUGAUCGGCACGACGACUUCUCGUUCGGCAUGCGGCGAACGGAAAUCACCUGCAAGAACUGUGGCGGACAUUUAGGCCACGUUUUCUACGGAGAAGGCUUUUCUACGCCAACGGAUGAGCGUCACUGCGUUAAUUCUAUCUCUUUAUCAUUGUACGUGGUACAGACUUAUAGCUGA